AUGCUCCUCUUCCGUGUUUCUCCAAAUCUCCCGCACAUGGGACAAGGUGUGCAGCGCGAUCGUAAUCCAGGGACGCAACAGCAUUCUGCCCAGCGACCCGUCUUCCCAAGAGACGGCUUCGAGGACGGCUCAGUGGCUAAUGCGCCAAAAUACCAUUUCCAGGGCAACCGCCAUGUGCGAGAAAAGAUCCUCUGCGAUUUUGUUGCCAACAAUCGACACAAAACCGGCCCGCAACUCGAGCGAGAGUUUGGCAACGGCGCGAGUCUCUUUCUCAACCGUGUGACGUCUUGGCUAAGGCUUACAACGCAUUAUUAUUCACACGGGGCUUCGAUCAGGUACUUGCUCGGAUACAACUUGGCCCUUCAGCUGCAGGCAGUGUCGAUAUUUGUAUCCGCAUCGAGUGGCCAUCGGUUUCUCUCCGAGUUUCUUGAAGUCGGUGGCGUGAUGACCGUCCUCGAAAUCAUUGGUCUUCCCCAGAUUAAAGAGGCCGAGAAGGCAGAGGGUCUACGCCUUCUGCUUCACAUUGCAUCCGCCGGACGCAAGUACAAAGAGUUUAUCUGCGAAAGCUACGGUGUCCGAUCAGUGACCGAUUGCCUGGCUCGUUCAAAAUCAGAGGUCACCCAGGACUAUGCCCGGAACUUGCUCUACCAACUUGGCUUGGGCAAUCCGCGAUUUCUCGUUCAAGUAUACAAAUCGCUUCUCGGGCUGCUCACAUCGGGGACCCCAACCCCAACCGCCCAGCAGAUGGCCGGACAAGCUGUCCGCAUGCUUCUGCCACAUAUCCAAACUGUUCAUCCGUCGGUCGUCGAGAUCACAAUUGGAUUGCUCAAAAGCAUCAACAUCCAAGUUCAAUACGAAGGAUAUGAGAUUUUGCGAUCGCUCAGCGAGCGAUCAGCGCUACAGGAUGUUGUGAUUCAGCAGCUGAUAGCUAUCUUGAAGAUUUCUGUCGAUGACUACAUAGAAGACAUGAAUGAGGCUCGUGGGCGCCGUCAGAAGGGGCAGCAAGAAGGGGCAGGUGGAGGUGCAAGCUGGCAAGGGAUGCUCACAAAGUCCGAGGAAACGGCCAAGAAGCAGAACGAUGCCUUGAUGUCGACCUAUGUGCAGCAAGCUUAUGCAGCAAAGCUCCUCGGAAUCAUGGCUGCGGGAUCGAAAGAAAUUGCAGAGCGCCAGAUUCAGCUUCAAAUCAUCAGCGGACUCUUGAACGUGAUUGCCAAUCUAGGGCACCCCGAGAGUCAAAAGUAUGCCGCCAGUGCCUUGAUUUAUCUUGUGGAAACCUUCGACUAUGUUGGUUUCGCGCUGCAAGAAACCAUGGGACAAAACUUUUUCGAGUUGUUGGAGUUCAAACCCGAUACGUUCUUCAAAGAGCUCACGCGCGAGCAAGUUCGCUAUCUCCGCCGCAACAACGUCAAGAUCGUGAGUGCCGAGAGCACUAGCUCGCUUAUCGAGGAUGAUUCGAGCUCUGUGAGCUCAGGAGAGGCAGAGGAGAGCUCACGUCCGACAACUCGAUCUGCAAGAUCGGCUGAAAGAAAGCCGAAAUCUUCAGGAAUGGAGUUCCCAUCGUCUCGCGAGGGAGACAUGGUCUUUGGAGAGAAGAAGGGCGAGGGCGAAAAGUCCCGCGAUAUCGAGCCGGUCCAGCAAAAGACACAAGACGAGGUUCUCUCGGCAUACGAAAAGUUGGCGGAUCAACAAAACCAGGCUGCGCCAAAUGUUCAGGAGAUGUAUCUUCCUUACAACCUGGGUCCCGCAACCGCCACGUUCUCCAGCAACAAGUUCGAACCCGUCUCAAAAAAGAGCGCUGACGACAGCUUCGAGCUCGAAAUGCAUAUGUUCCGGGCCAGAAAUGCUGAAAAAUCGAUACAGACCAAGAAACGCGAAUUCGAUGUCCUGGAAAAGGACCCGGAGAUGAUGGAGAAGCUGAACAGCCUGCGGGGCAGUCCGGACCUCUUCAAGAAGAACAUCCCGCUCAAAGUAGAUGACCAGGAUGUGACGGCCACACGCAUCGUACCAGAGAACGCCUCUGGCAGCGAGCAAGCCCCUCGUUAAAGUCCCGGCUCGUUCCGGGCCAGAGCCGUUUGUGUUCCGGAUCCAGAAUACACCCCCGUCAUGCCCACGCG